ACUUCAUCACCAAGCUGCGCUACAAUGUGGCCAGGAGUGACCAGCUAUGCCAAUAGGAAGCCUGCAAUGCGACCAAGAUGAAUGAUGAGAUGCGAAAUAAUUCCACCUCCUGCAUCAGGGUGAAGAUCCCCUCUGUCCACGUGGAACUCAAACCCGGUGACCUGAUUGAGAUCUUCCGCUCAUGCUACCAGCAUUGGGCAAUCUACGUCGGUGAUGGCAAAGUCGUUCACCUGGCUCCUCCUUGUGAGCACCCCAUGGACGGCGUUGCCAGUGUCCUGGCUGCCCUGUCCGACAGAGCCUAUGUGAAGAAGGACUGGCUGGAGGACGUGGUGCACAAGGACCGCUACCGGGUGAACAACAAGCAUGAUGAGACUCACCCCCCACUGCCGGUCUCCAAGAUCGUCCGGUGGGCCCAGGAGCUGGUGGGGCAUGAGAUGCCCUACAACCUGACCAGCCACAACUGUGAGCACUUCGUCAUGGAGCUGCGCUAUGGCGUGGCCAUGAGCGACCAGGUCACAGAAGCUAUAGCCAUGGGCACUGUGGGGGUGAUGGGAGUGGCGGCGGCUGUGAUCAGAUCCAUGGCUCAGAGACACAAGCAAUGGAAGGAGUAGCAGCAGAUGGAGGGAGCGGGGUUCGUACCUGCACUGGCUUGGGGCGAUUAACCCAGCUCUCAUCCUUUAUCAUCAGAUUGUUUUCAGUGCAAGAUGAAAGGUAAAUGAGAUUUCGUGAACAAAGCUGCCCCAUAGCUGACACCCAAUUGUAUCCCAAUAAACUCAUCUUGAGAGCCCUGCGUCUUGCUGUCUGGACUGAAAACAUACAUUAAUGUGGCUCAUAGCUUGGUCGCCUUGUGCUGUGGUUUCCCAUCUUCUCUCCCAAGUUAAGACGGGUUGGGCUGGCUCAGUGUACUCACGGAUGAUGUCCUGGGAAAUUGCACUGAUUCAACAGGCGAUGCUCUCAGUGAGGUGCUCCCUUUCUGAUGUAACCC